GCUGAAAGCCAGAGUCACGAAGCCAAAAAGGUCUCUGAGACUCCCCACGUGCUGACAGGAAGACUGAGUCAAACAGAACUGCUGCGACUGAAACCUCCGGAAAAUGUGUAAAGGAUUAGCUGCUUUGCCCCAGACCUGCCUGGAGAGGGCAAAGGAGAUCAAGUCAAAAUUGGGAGUUUUGCUGCAAAAGCCAGAAAAUGCCAUUGACCUCAUCAUCCCAUACCAGGAAAAGACUGAGAAGAAGCCGGAGAAGCUGCAGAAGCCUUCUCCUGACGAGGCUGCUCAGUGGCGCGAUGGUCUGGAUCGGGUCCUGAACAACAGCUACGGCGUGGCUGCCUUCCGCAGCUUCCUGCAGUCUGAGUUCAGUGAUGAGAACAUUGAGUUCUGGACGGCCUGCGAGGACUUUAAAAAGACCAAGGACCCCGUGAAGAUGUCGACCAAGGCCAAGAAAAUCUAUGAAGAUUACAUCCAAUCCGAGGGGCCCAGAGAGGUCAACAUUGACCACUUCACCAAGGACGUCACUCUGAGGAACCUGGUGGAUCUCUCUCCCUCCACCUUUGACCUGGCCCAGAAGAGGAUCUACGCCCUGAUGGAGAAGGACUCUUUCGCCCGGUUCCUGCGGUCCGACCAGUACCAGGAACUGCUGGUCAACUAAGACCGAGCAGGAACCUGAGAAGGCAUCGUUGCAGGUUUGUUGAGACACGGAUUAGCCAGUCUGCUGUCGUCACCUGACGUGCCACACACCAAUGAGGGCUUUGACAGUGCUGAGUAUUCACUUUAAAUUGUAGCCAUGCAUGUAUGUUGUGAGUCAACCAUAUAAAAAUAUAUAUAUGCAUACAA